GGGGUCGCGCAGGUGGAGCGGCAGGGCGCGGAGGCCCGUCCUCUUACCCGCGCUCUCCUGGCCGGGGCGCCACGGGCACGGGAGCAGGAUCCCCGGCGCGAUGAAGGACCUGGGAGCCGAGGAGCUGGCCGGCCGGGAGGGGGUCCAGCUCUUCCGGCUGCUGAACCUCUACCUGGAGCGGGAGCAGAGAUUUCAGCCCCGGGAGAAGGGGCUGAGCCUGAUCGAGGCGGCCUCGGAGAACGACAACACUUUGUGUCCGAGAUUGAGAAAUGUCAAGGUGAAAGAUCUUAGGAGUUUAGCCAACUUUUUUGGAUCUCGAACUGAAACGUUUGUCCUGGCUGUCAACAUUUUGGACCGGUUCUUGGCUCUUAUGAAGGUGAAGCCCAAGCAUUUGUCCUGCAUUGGAGUCUGUUGUUUUCUUCUGGCUGCUAGAAUAAUUGAAGAGGAAUGCAAUGUUCCAUCAACUCAUGAUGUCAUCAGAAUCAGUCAGUGCAAGUGUACUGCUUCUGACAUAAAACGGAUGGAAAAAAUCAUUUCUGAAAAGUUGCACUAUGAACUGGAAGCUACUACUGCCUUAAACUUUUUGCACUUAUACCACACUAUCGUACUUCGUCACACUUCAGAAAGGAAAGAAGUAUUGAGUCUUGAUAAAUUGGAGGCUCAACUGAAAGCUUGCAACUGCCGACUAACUUUUUCAAAAGCAAAACCGUCUGUAUUAGCUUUGUGCCUUCUCAAUCUAGAAGUGGAAACUUUGAAAUCUAUUGAAUUAUUGGAAAUCCUCCUUCUUGUUCAAAGGCAUUCCAAGAUUAACGAUGCUGAUUUCUCUUACUGGAGGGAGCUAGUUUCAAAAUGCCUCGCGGAAUAUUCAUCUCCGGAGUGCUGCAAGCCAGACCACAAGAAGCUCGUGUGGAUCGUCUCCCGGCGCACGGCCCAGAAUCUUCACAACAGCUAUUACAGCGUUCCAGAGCUGCCUACCAUUCCCGAGGGGGGCUGCUUCGAGGAGACUCAGAGUGAGGACUCUUGUGAAGAUAUGAGUUGUGGAGAAGAAAGUCUGAGCAGCUCUCCUCCCAGUGAUCGAGAAUGCGCCUUCUUUUUUGAUUUCAAGGUGGCACAAGCCCUGUGCUUUCAAUCUUAGAAAUCUUGUUGUACGAAGUACACGUUGGGAGGGAGUCCGCCUACAGGUUUCUAAGCAAUAAAUGGGGGAUGGUCUUCCCCUCCCCUUUAUCUUUCAGGAAGGAGUUGCAUGGACUGGAUCCACCUGCUUUCAGUUUGUUACUCAGAUCGGAUCUGGCCUAUUUUCAUAUUUAAUUCUAAGCCAUUAAAUGGGUUUAUGCUUCUUAGACAAGUAGUGAAAAUACUUAGGGUGGCACUUUUUUUUUUCCUCUGAAUAGUCAUGCUUUUUU